CGUGGCCAUACUCUGGCAGGGAGUCCUAGUAUAUCCACGAUCGUACGGGAUCCCCACCAGAGCACAGUGCGACCCAGUGCGGUGGUGCAUUCUGCCGUACCAGCCGAAGCAACAUUGAGCGACCUCUGUCGUGGACUGUCGCCUCGCAGAAAGCACAGCAAGAUCUUGGAUCAGAAUGAUGAUGGCAAUAAUGCUGCUGGACGCCCAGAGAACUACUAUCAUUAUGACAGACUUCGUGCGGAGAUGAUCCGUCUUCAGAAGCAAAAAUGUCUGGAAGCUUUCCUCUAUACGUAGAGGAAAGCAGGUCCAAAGCUUGCUUCUAAGUCGAAGAUUGACUUCGGGAAAUUCUAAUUUGAUCUCAACAACGGGGGCGUUGGACAGAACAACAGACGAGAUGAGAUGGCUGAUAUGUAUCGGAUCGCACAUGAGGGCCUUUUUAUUCACGGAGAAGCAAC